GAGGCUACUGAGCAAAGCAGUCAACAUGGCGGUCGAGUUGGAUCCACUCUUUCUGAAAGCUAUUACCCUGCUCAAUUCUAAGCAUCCAGAUUCUGGAAGGCAGCUGAAAGUUUUGGUGCAAGAAUACCGGGAAAAAAUAACUGGAGAACCAAAACGUGAAAAAAUUGAAAGGAGAGACUCUGUAGCUGAAAGAGUUAGCCCAAAGAUAGUAGAAAAGUCGCAACAUGCAAGUGACAGAUCAAUGUCACCAGUAUUUAGCCUUUCUGUAACAAGCAGUUCUGUCACACAAGUUGAUUCUGCAUCCACAACAACUGCUGUGGAAGUGGUGGAAGAAAUGAGUAGUAGCUCAUAUGGUGAUGUACUCAAAGAGGAACAAUUAGAUGCGAGCAUGGUCAAAAGUAUAGAGGAACUGGCAAACUCAAGUUUUGAUAGUGCAAUAAUGGAAGAGUUAAACUCGAGUGGCUUACUAGAACCCUCUGCCAAAAAGAAAAAGUUAGACACUGUCAUCAAGGAAGAUUCGAUUUCGUCUCUUUCUGAAGAAGAAGAAGAUUCAGAUGAUCUUCUUGAUGAAACGUUAGAAGAUUUUGAUGGACCAAAAUGUUGUGUGUGUCAGAGUCCCUCAACGGAUAGCCCUGAUAAUAGUUUAGUGGAAUGCCACGAGUGUCACAACCAAUACCACCAAAAGUGCCACAAGCCACCUGUCACCAGCAAGGAUGUGCAUGACCCAAGAUUUGUCCUCUACUGCAGCCAAUGUUCAAGAAGAAUGAAAAAGGAAAUGGCUGCUCAGAAGUCGAGUUUAUCAACAUCGUCUACCAGCAUGCAGGAGCCGACUGUCGCAAAGCCCGUCACUAACCCAUUUCAAGUUAAGACAUCAAUACAACCAUUUCGAAGGCCUACGAGCUCCGGAAAUGCUUCGGAGCAAACAAAGGCUGCUUCUUCGCCGUUCAUGCCCACAGCUUUAUUACAAGGAAACAAUGGAAGUAAUAAUGGUCAGUCCCAGAAUUCACAGCGAGGUGGUCCGUCUCUGCCACAGGACGUUCGAAUGAAAUCGAUGAAGAGAUUAGAGCAAGUGAAAAAGCGCGCGAAAAUGCAACAACAGAUGAGAAAGAGGUAGCUAGUGCCUCGUUCUAGUAGAAUAUCAAGUGGAGGCUAACUGAAAUUGAGAGAACUCGUUGAUUAUGAUCCCGAAAAGCUAAGUCAGUUAUUUAAUUUGUUAUGCUAUGUUCCAUUUCUUUGCUUGUGCAUCAAGUUUGAAUCAGGUAUAGAUUGUAAGUAUUCUUCAUUGGAAUGAGUUAUAGGAGCUUAGAAUUUUGAAGAAGGGACGUAACAUUAGGCCAAAUUCGCUUAUUGUCAAAUGUCGCUUAUUGUCAAAUGGCUAGUAAAAUUAGUCAAAUGGCCACUGGUUAGUAAAAUUAGAUUGUAAUGCUCAGAAACCUGUACAGAAAGUGUACAUAAAAAGUAUCUGUGAAGCGUAUUCAAUCCUUACGUUCGCUCUAUCUCUGUUGCUAAUUUAUAUUUUCACGACAAGUGUGUGAAUGAAGGUCUUUCUUUGUACUAUCACUGUCACAGAGCUGUCUCAAAGCUGUCUGAUUUUAUUGAAGUUUGCUUCCCUGUUCUUUGUCCUUCAUCUUUGAACUGGUCACAAAAUUAGCGAUAAAUGAUCUUCAUAAGUAGCGCCAAAACAUAUUUGUAAUUCCUUUUCGCACUUUACUUGAAAAACUAAAAAGAAGAGAUUCAACCCCAUGCCUAUUCUAUUGUGUCCUUCCCAAAUUAGGAUAUUGGUCAUAAUUCUGAGAGCGCUCUAUCAAAAUUAAUGCAACAUUUUGCACAUAGGCUGCUGUGCCUAUAGACGAAGUUUAGCUCUGUCUUUACUUCUUUGGCAAUUUUGCAAAACUAUUGUCUGUUAUCUUACAAUGGAUGUUGUUCGUUGAUGAAAGGAUCAUUUCUCAUGAUAAAAGUCACCUCUUUUUAAAAAUAACAUCGGCAUUACCAAAAGAUGGUGCUCUUGUGGUUUCAAUUUAACAUCAAAGUAACUGUUUAUGUUUUAUUCAUUGAAUUGCUCUCAGAGGCUUGAGCAUUUGAAAAUGAUUGCUGUCUGACAAAUCCAAGCAAUUGGUUAAAACUCUUACAAUCUAGGCAUUUUUAAAAUUUAACUCAGCACAUUUUUCACCCUUCUAGUAACUUGCUUUGACAUUUUCACCCACUUUUGUUGUCCGCCUGUAUCUUUCCUUUUUCUACCCUAGCCUCAAAUUGGCUCUGUUCAGAUAUUUCCAUGGAGUACCAAUCUAAAAUAAGGCAUUAUUCAUCAUGCGUUGUAUCAGAUGAAGUUUCUCUCAAAGCUUUUUCACCUCCCUUUCUUGUUAUCCAAACAUUUAUUAUUCAUGUUAAACAAAAACAACAGAAAGAGUUGAGAGAACUCCUGCAAAAAUGGGCGGUCCUUUCCAUUACUUUUCUAAGUAACGGUCAAUUUGUGCUCGUUGCAGGGGCCCUAUUUAUUUCGUUGGCCAUCCAGCCUCAUUAGUGUAGUUGCCAGAAUGAAAACCACAUGCUUGCUGGCUCCUUGUUCUGGUUUCUAAUCAUUCUUAUAAUGGCUAUUCAAAACUACGCCGGGUUCCUGAUUUGCAAUUUCAAUCAACGACAUCAUCAUAAUAAUCGCCAUGAAUACGCAGCUAAGCAUCAUCAUAAUCAUCAGCAUCAUCACCGUUAUCAAUAUCAAUCACAUUCUUCAUUCAUCCUCUUCUAUCGUCAAUCAUUUUCAUCAAUCACAAUCAUGCUCAACAAUUACCAUUAUAAUCAUCAUCAACAAGUUGCUAACGGCCCAAAUAAUCACGAAUCGCUUGAAUCAUUACCGAAAUCAUAAUCAGUACUGUUAUGCGAGUACUCGAGAUUUCUAUGACGCAGCACGGUGCUUUAUAGAAACAUUGAAAACAAAUCACAAAUGCAGGUGACGUAUUGAGACAGCCAAUUACAUGGUUAGCGGCCCCGUUAAAAUGUCUUAUGUACAUUAAACGCAGUCUUGUAGCAAUUCACGAUCUUCUGGAUCAGUUUAAAGCCGCUUUUAUAUAUUUAGCCGGAAGGUGUCGAAGAGAGGGGGUUGUUACAAUGUUCAUCCUGUUGUAGCAACCAACCAUAACAGGACCAUAUUCUUUCUUUGCAAAACUGUAUUUCAUUCUUAUCUCAGUUUGAUAUCAUUUAAAUCCAGUUACUAUUGGUUUGAAACUAUGUCGCAAAUCGCAUAAAAGAACUUCUUGAAUCAGUUCUGAAUAGUUUGCACAAUUUAUUAACUCCGCUCAGCAAAGCCUACUGUCAUACAGCUAUGUUUUAGAUGUAUAAUGUAAGUUGUAACGUUGUUAGAUGUUAAGAUGUAGGAAUUUGGCAUUUGUUGCUUAUGUAUAUCUGCCAAUAACGUGAAAUAACAGACUAUUGAAAAAGCAAAGGAAAAAAUUCUUAAAUUCUUGUUGAUCCUCGAUCACUUCUAGAGAGCUCUUUGAUUGCAAAAAGAGCUAUUAGACUCUCUUAUUAGAGAAUUUGUUACUAGCUGUAAUUAUUUGUUAUUAUUACUCGGAUUGUGUAUAUUCAAACUUGUAGCUUUUCCGUGCGAAAAUAUGAAGCAGCAUUAACCAUAUUUCAAAGACAUCUCUGAUACUGUGAAACGCAAGGUAGUAAGGUAUACUUUUUGUGGAACAAAUCUGCGAGUCAACCGUGGCCCAAACCAGGCGAAUCUUACAGGGGUUGCGUGAUAUACCUUGUUAAAGGCUAACCGUUUAUAGUUCGAAGGGGUGGAGCAUUGACUUGUUUUAGCGACUCCUGCAUGCUCAUCGCAUGACUGAUGCAAAGAAUAGGUUUAUUUUACCCACAGGGCUAUCAUGAGCUGUCGAUAACAGUUAUCCAGUGAUGCUUUAUUCCAUUUAACGGCCAGAUAUGAUAACAAAUCUUGUUUACACAACAGCUUCUUGGGAUUGCUAUGAUAUAUUGCUAAUGAUUGACAGGAUAAUACUGUGACGUAUGUUUUUCUUGAAGCAGUCCAAACCCCGCCCAAUUCACCCCCUUUCAAAAUAACUUCAGAUGAUUACAACAAACUGCUACAGUGCCUAAGGUACAUAAGCUCAAAAGCAUUUCAGUCUUUCUUUGACUUCACAACUCUCUUCUCUCUGGCACUCCUUCCUUUUUCUCGGGUGCCAAUGCUGAUCUGUGGCUCGAAACCACCUGCAAACACGAAGAUCCGACGCCCCCCUGUCAGAUUGAUUUGUAUCCUUUUUAUUAUGCCGUGAAACACUGUGGGUUCCAGAAGGCAUUCAUAUACAGCGACCAGCCUGCUGGAGGCUCAGCUCUGCAAUCAAAAUAAGCCACAAGCGUCACAGAAAAGGCGAGUGCCGAGUGCGUGAUACAUGUAUUUAUGGUUGCAAGUAUACGCUACCAGCCAUAAACCAGAAAACUCGAACGCAAACUGCGUCAAUAACAUCAAACAGUUUUCUGUAAACCUUAGCCUGGAUACUCUCUCUUAUCAAUCGAUUAUUUAUAUUAUUGUGCGGUUGAAAACAAAGAUGAUAUCACAACCUGAAGUUUUGAAGCUAGCAGGAUAGUGAACAGCGCUGGCAGCCUCUCCGCUAUCUUUCACACACAAGUGCAAGAAUAUCAAGCAAAUCGAAGGAAGCAAUUGUUAACGAAAGCAGUUGCAGACGAUCUGCCAAAAUAAUUGACCUGGCUUUUGGAUUAAACACUGAGGGGUGUAAGUGUUGCUACGAGUAAAGUCGGUUGGAAUAAUGCUCAUUCGUAGUACGCAAGUUUCUCACAAGUAAAGAGUGGAUAGAAAAAGAAAGCUCCAAUUUGGAUUACACCUGCUUUAUGUUUGGCAUCACUUGGCAGAGGAAUCUCACACCGGGCUGAAGGAAUCCUGAUAAAAAAAACUGCAAAGAAAGAUGACAAGACACACGCAACAGAUGUUUAUGUGUGAUCCAGUGAACCUUUUCGUUAAUAGUAAAGUUCGAUAUUUAUUAUAGAAAGACCCUCUGCCAAUUAAACAGAAACACUAUGCCGAACCGAUCGCACGGAACAUUUCCGCGUUUCAAUGAGAAUGGCACAGAACACACAUCAUCGCAAAUCAUCGAGAAAACGAGUCAGGUAGAUUCGCCGGAUUGCGAGGCCAAUAUUCAUUUACCGCAUAUACGCAACGACACACCGGGAAAUUCCAAGUCGGAACGAAAACCGGGAAGAUUUUUCAAAUUUUCAAAUGAUAGGAACAGUUUUACAGAGAACUUGCUGUCGUUUUUCACAGGAAGCAAGGACCGUGGAAACCAGCAGAAAACAACAGACUCAGAAAAACCCAGAACUGCAGCAGCAAAGGAGAGCGGUUUACGGAACCGGACCGAAAACCGUCACGGCGUUGUAACGAGAAACGAGCGAAGCGCUCGGUCACACGUAACACACAAUAAUCUUCAGAAACAUCCACUUCAGAGAACUGAUAAACCGCGAAUAACGGCCUUGACGAAAAACGACUCUUUUAGGCCGGUUACUGGACGGUCUCGCACACGUGCUUCGAACGGGGCAGUUGCGAAAAAGGACAACGAUAGCGACAUAGGGGGUUGCGAGAACAUGUACAAGACGAAGCAACCGCCCGGAAAAUUCAACGUGCCGCGGAAACGAUCGCUUGAAAUAAGCGAAUAUAUUCGCAGAGAGAAUUAUAAAUAUAACGAACGCACCGCGAAGCAGUUCUUGUUUCAAAAAUGGCUACGAAGCACGGAAACAGAGCUGCCUGAACACUAUCCAAUUGAACACAACGACACAAAAUUAUCAAAAUAGUUUGUUAUGUAAAUAGUAUAAAUUUUACUUCCAGAGUAGGUUGGUGUUGGGUAUUAUAAACCAGUUUCAUGGUAAUUUGUUAUUCAUAUUGCUAGAAACAUAA